AUGAGUGAAGAUUCAAUCAACGUUCCCGCGGACAUCGACAACCACGAGGCUCAAGUCUACGAAGGGUUUGCCGAUGCUGCAGAGAACCAGGUUCGUGAAUUAGCCAGAGAGUUGACCCAUCAGAGUCGCACCUCUCUCUCAGAAUCCAAAAAAGGGAGCGUGGGUGAUGAUCUUAUUAGAACUCUGACUUCCAUGUCCCAGGUUCCUGGUGUCGAGCCAAGCACGGCAGAUGACCCAAGACUGGACCCCUUUUCAGACUCGUUCGACUCCAAGUUCUGGGUCAAGAACGCUCGCAAGCUUAUGCAAUCGGAUCCUGAUCACUACAAGCCAACAUCGCUUGGAAUUGCGUACAAGAACCUGCGUGUGCAAGGUAUUGCUUCCGAUGCUGAUUUCCAGCCAACCGUCCUGAAUAUCGGGCUGAAAACAAUUAGAGACUACUACUACGACUACUUCAGAAGAAACGACGAGUCCAGAUAUUUUGAUAUCCUCAAGCCUAUGGAUGCUCUUAUGAAACCCGGAACUGUCACUGUGGUUUUGGGAAGACCUGGUGCCGGAUGUUCGACGUUGCUGAAGACCAUCUCAUCGCACACUUACGGUCUCAAAGUCGAUAAGGACUCUGUGAUAUCCUAUGAUGGUCUUUCUGUCCAGGAUAUCAAGAAACACUACCGGGGAGAGGUUGUCUACUCUGCAGAGAUGGAUAUUCAUUUCCCGCAGCUCACGGUCGGCCAAACCUUGCAGUUUGCGGCCACGAUGAGGACUCCGAGUAAUAGAACCCCAGGUAUCACCAGAGAACAAUAUGCCAAGCACAUGGCCCAGGUGUACAUGGCCACUUACGGUUUGAGCCACACCUACAACACUAAGGUCGGAAACGAGUUUAUCAGAGGUGUUUCCGGUGGAGAAAGAAAAAGAGUGUCGAUUGCCGAGGUCUCUUUGUGUGGAGCUAACUUGCAGUGCUGGGAUAAUGCCACCAGAGGUCUGGACUCUGCCACGGCCUUAGAAUUUAUCCGUGCUCUCAAGACGUCUGCGAUGCUGUUGGACACAACCUCAUUGAUUGCUAUUUACCAGUGUUCGCAAAAUGCCUAUGAUCUCUUCGACUACGUCGUUCUGCUGUAUGAAGGCUAUCAAAUCUACUACGGCCCAGGAACCGAGGCUAAGGCGUACUUUGAGAAAAUGGGCUACGAAUGUCCUGCUAGACAGACGACUGCCGACUUCCUGACGUCGAUCACUUCUCCAGCAGAGAGAAUCGCCAAAAAGGGUUGGGAAAAUAAGGUGCCGAAGACGCCAAAGGAAUUCAGUGACUACUGGAGAGCGUCUCCAGAGUACAAACAGCUGGUGGAGGAGAUUGACUCGUACAUCCACAAUGCAGAGUCCAAUAAUCUCAAGCAGGAGUACAGGGAGGCACACGUUGCUAGACAGUCGAAAGCAUCAAGACCUGCAUCGCCUUACACCCUUUCCUAUGGAAAGCAGGUCAGAGCUAUCAUGACGAGAAACGUUUGGAGAACAAAGGGAGACCCUUCGAUUUCGUUGUUUUCGAUCUUAGGAAACUCCAUCAUGGGUUUGAUCCUGUCGUCUCUUUUCUAUAACCUGAAACAGGAUACUGGUUCGUUCUACACCAGAACUGCCGCCAUGUUCUUUGCCGUGCUGUUUAACGGUUUCUCGUCGAUGUUGGAGAUUAUGGCUCUGUUCGAGUCCAGAGAAAUUGUCGAAAAGCACAAGAAGUUUGCAUUAUACCACCCGUCCGCCGACGCGUUUGCAUCUGUUAUCACUGAGCUGCCUACGAAGCUGAUCACGGCCGUGCUUUUCAAUUUGGUGUUCUAUUUCAUGAUCCACUUCAAGAGAGAGCCAGGUCCGUUCUUCUUCUACUUCUUGAUUAAUUUCACGGCCACGUUAGUCAUGUCGGGUAUUUUCCGUUCCAUCGGCUCCAUCUACAGAACUUUGGCUGAGAGUAUGACGCCCUCUGCGCUGCUGCUGCUCGCCCUGGUCAUCUACACUGGUUUUGCUUUGCCAACUCCCUCGAUGCACGGCUGGUCCAGAUGGAUUAACUACAUUGACCCGGUGGCCUAUUCUUUCGAGGCGCUGAUUGCAAACGAGUUCCAUGAUGUGACGUUCAAGUGCUCGAGGUUCAUUCCUGCAUAUCCGGAUGCCAACCCAGCUAAUCGCGUGUGUUCUGCUGUCAGCGCCGUUGCGGGUCAGGACUUCGUUGAUGGCGACCGUUACAUCUACGAGUCUUUUCGCUACAAAUGGGACCACAGAUGGAGAAACUUUGGUAUUACUGUUGGAUUCGCCAUCUUCUUCACGUGUCUAUACCUCGUUCUUGUGGAAAACUCCAAGGGUGCUCUGCAAAAGGGUGAAAUCAUUCUUUUCCAGAGAUCGACGCUGAACAAGCUCAAGAAAGAAAGUUCUCCGGCACGUGACAUCGAGGCCACGCCAGAGAACGAAAAGCCUGCCGGUAUACAGGACGAUGCUGACUAUUCCGACGGAGUGGCCAAGCUCGUUGCCGGAAAAGACAUUUUCCACUGGAGAGACGUUUGCUACGAGGUCAAGAUCAAGAGCGAGACGAGAAGAAUUUUGGACCAUGUUGAUGGCUGGGUCAAGCCUGGUACUUUGACAGCGCUUAUGGGUGCUUCUGGAGCAGGUAAGACAACGCUGUUGGACGUUCUCGCCAACCGUGUCACCAUGGGUAUCGUUUCGGGCUGUAUGUUCGUUAAUGGAAGACUCAGAGACAGCUCGUUCCAGAGGAACACUGGUUAUGUCCAGCAACAAGAUCUGCAUUUGAGAACGUCCACAGUUAGAGAGGCUUUGAGAUUCUCUGCUUAUCUGAGACAAGGCAAGGACGUUCCUAAAGCCGAGAAAGACGAGUAUGUCGAGAACGUGAUCAACAUCUUGGAGAUGAACAAGUACGCCGAUGCUAUUGUUGGUGUUGCUGGUGAAGGUUUGAAUGUCGAGCAGCGGAAGAGGUUGACUAUCGGUGUCGAGCUCGCUGCCAAGCCGCAGUUGCUGCUGUUCCUGGAUGAGCCUACGUCUGGACUCGACUCCCAAACUGCUUGGUCUAUCUGUCAACUUAUGAGGAAGCUCGCUGACAACGGACAGGCCGUUCUUUGUACAAUCCAUCAGCCUUCGGCUCUUUUGCUCAAGGAGUUCGACAGAUUGCUCUUCCUUGCCAAGGGAGGUAAGACCGUUUACUUCGGUGACCUGGGAGAGAACUGUCAGACGUUGAUUGACUACUUUGAGAAAUACGGUGCUCCAAAGUGUCCACCAGAUGCUAACCCGGCUGAGUGGAUGCUGGAAGUGAUUGGUGCGGCUCCUGGUUCUCACGCUCUGCAAGACUACCACGAAGUCUGGCUGAAGUCCAGCGAGAGACACGCUGUUAGAGAAGAGCUGAGGACCAUGGAAAGAGAGCUGGUCAAACUGCCUAUCUCGACCGUGCCACAUGCCCACGACGAAUUUGCCAGCAGCCUGGUGCUACAGUACUUCCUGGUCACCAGGAGAGUGUUUGAGCAGUACUGGAGAACUCCGUCGUACAUUUGGAACAAGAUUUUGCUGACCGUCAUUUCCGCGUUGUUCAACGGUUUCUCCUUCUUCAACGCGGGAACUUCUCAACAGGGCUUACAAAACCAGAUGCUUUCGAUUUUCAUGCUUUCCAUCAUUUUGCUGACCAUGGUCGAGCAGAUGCUUCCGCAAUUUGUGGCCCAGAGAUCUCUCUACGAGGUGAGAGAGCGGCCAUCGAAAACAUUUAGCUGGGUUGCGUUUGUGUUCGCCCAAGUCACUGUCGAGAUCCCAUAUAACUGGAUUUGUGGAACCAUUGCCUACUUCUGUUGGUACUACCCUGUCGGUUUGCAAAAGAACGCCUCUGCCGCACAUGCUACCGCUGAGAGAGGUGGUCUCACCUGGUUGAACAUGGUUGCCUUUUUCUGCUUCUCGAGUACCCUAGGACAAGCUGCUGGUGCAGCCAUCGAGGUGUCUGAUAACGCUGCCAACUUGGUGACUCUGCUCUUCAGCAUGUCGUUGAACUUCUGUGGUGCUCUGAUUGUCCCUACGGGAUUCUGGGUGUUCAUGUACAGAGUGUCACCAAUCACGUACUGGAUUGGGUCCAUUCUCAGCGCUGGUGUUGGCGGUGUCAGUGUCAAGUGUGCAGAGAAAGAGUACGUGCACUUCCCUCCUCCAGCUGGCAAGACCUGUGGUGACUACAUGAGCGAUUAUAUCAGCAAAGCGGGAGGAUAUCUUCUGAAUCCUUCUGCGACAGACGACUGCACGUUCUGCUCAAUGAAGGAUACCAACGCUUUCUUGAAAAACAUGAACAUCCAUUUCGAUCACAGAUGGAGAGACUGGGGUAUUUUCAUCUGCUACAUUGCGAUCAACAUCUUUUUCACGGUCUUCCUGUACUGGCUGUUCAGAGUUCCAAAGAAGGGUAACAGAGUCAAGGACGAGUCGUCUUUGAAGAGCAAGGGCGAGCAGCAAAGUUCAAAUAGUGAAGAGGGCUCCUUGACUAAGGAGUAA